AACGCAGCUUAAAAAGUGAAAGAAACGGCUAAAUUAAGCUCAAAUUGCGUCUCUGGGCGUGGCCACGAGGGAUGGCCGUGAGAUCGUAUAUAAAAGCGACAGAAUUCUAGUCUCCAUGUGCAGAAAUCAUCAUGGACACCAAGGUAACAAUUGUAUAUCUAGUGAUGGUGAGCGUCACCUUGGGUUACGAGUACCCGGCCCCAGCGGUGCAGCUCUCCUACGACGACUAUAAGGCGCAAGAACCCUCUUAUUCUGUGCCCGACGAAACUUACGAGGCUCCACACCCAAGCUACUCUCCGUAUGCGCAAGUCUACAAGGCACCGGAGCCUGCUUACUCUGUUCCCGUCCCGGCCUAUGAGGGUCCAGAUCCUACCUACUCUGCCCCUGCCCCUGCUUAUAAGGCCCCUGAACCUACUUACUCUGCCCCCUCCCCUGCUUUAAGGGCCCCAAAAAUACUUACUUGCCCCUGCCCUGCUUAUAG